AUGUAUCGGAAGUUGUCUAAGUUAGAACACUCGGAAAUAAAACAACUUCUUACAGAAGCUAAUAUAGAUGUUGCAAAGCAUUACGCAACAAACAAAAAAGCACUCGCUGACAUCCUCAAUGACUAUAAUGGUGCAAUAAGUUAUGAUAGAAUUCAUGAGUUCAUAAAGCCGCAACGCGGCGAGGACGAAGUCCAUGCAAGAGCAUUUCCUUUAAAUGACGUUGCUAUUGACUUAUAUCAUAGACGUUCAGUACCUCAUGAAGUAAGAAGAGAAAUGUUUGACAUAACAAAUGCGAACGUUGGUCAUACUCGUAAAGCUCUUUCUCAUGACGUUCGUCAAGAGAUGUUUGAACUUACGAACUCAAACGUUGGUGAAACAAGAAGAGCUGUACCUCAUGAAGUAAGAAGAGAAAUGUAUGACAUAACAAAUGCAAACGUUGGUAAAACACGAAAGAGAGACGACACACUGAAACAACAGAGAAGAGAGAUUUUUAAAAGUGCUAUAGAACAAGUUCGCAAAGCUAAAGAUGUCAUUCGUUCCAUUGACGACAAACCAAAAGAAGGUGAGAGAUGGUUAAAGAAAGAUGAAGAGAAUAGGAAGAGGAAUGUGAAGUCAGGCAAUAGACUCAUUGACUUUAACAUCGAAGCUUUAGAUGAACCAAACAGAGACUACUUACACAAACAUUUCGGUAAGGUUUUCAUGAGACUCUUAGAGAAAAUUAAAAUAAACUCACAACAGAGAUGGAUGGUAUGUUAUAAACUUGGUGGAAAGUAUGAAUGUUCUACGUUAAACCUCAAUAAUAUUGGAACAUUACUACAUCAGCUCUUGAAGGAGAACUUUAUAUCAGAGAUAGAAGCAAAUGCUGCAGGUAUUGUUGAAAUGCACUAUGACUUCUUCUUGACAAACAUAAAGAAUCUUACUGAAAUAAAGAUGUAUGAUUUAACAGAAUAUGAAGGCUUAACGAUGUCAGAUGUAAAGAAAGGCAAACCAAAAAAGAGACCAUAUAGAGAUGAAAGCACACUGACAAAUGACCAGAAAGCCAUUUUGGAAGCUCUUAAGCAAACAGGAAACCCAGCACUUAUAGAAAGCUUUUGGAAAGAUAAUGGUGAAAAGAAGUUUUAUAAGAAGAGAAGCGGGCAGUUCUGGAAGUAUCUUUGCACAUUACCUAUAAAUCUUGAGCGCUACCAAAUCUUCAAUGAAUUGAACAAAAGAACUGCAGCACUUAUGACAGAAGACAAUUGUUUCGUUUAUGCUUGCAUUCAGGCUGGAGUAGAUGGAGAGACUAUUGACCACAUGAGAGAAGUCAUUCGUGUUAGAGACUUUCCUCAAAGUAAAGUACAAGAAAUUUCUGAUGCAACAGGUAUAGCAUUUAAUGUUACCAUUG